UGCCCACAGUGAUGCUGGGCUGUUGCCUGGAUGGCAGAGGGGAUGGCACACAUUCCCUCCUGCCUUUCCCAUAGGUGCGGAGCAGAGGAGGCAGCAGUGCUGCAGCACCACGUAACUGUGUGCUCUCUGAACGUGAGGCAGGGCGCUUAUAAAGCCUCACCAGUCAUCAGGUGUUAACAAAGCUGCUCCAGGCACCAGCUGCAGCAUCCCAGGAAUCAGUGCUCACUCAUGAGCUGAACUGCUGCGGUUACCUGAGGACUGCCAAGCUACCCUCUGGGCAGGCUGUUGCUCCUGUUGCUCCAGAACUGCUGCUCUGGCCCCAACCAGAGGUUAACAGAUGUGAUUUGGCUGUAGCAAUGCCUGACAAUUGUGUUCUUCCAUGAGCUGGUGGGUGGGAAGAGGGGAGGAGAAGGAAACGGGAGAGAUUUGAGACUCGUGCUUUCUGCCUCCACUGAGCUGUGCAGAAACCUAUUGGCAAUUCUUACUGUGCUGGACUUAGCUGACCCUUGUGUGAGUCCAAAGUACAUGUAAGGAACACAGGAGUCAUUUGCUGGACACACUAAUGGUGCAAGAGCUGGCAUGUGGCCAGAGUCUGAGAUCUGUGUAAGGAGUCAAAGCCAUGACACAUCCCAGCACUGAGAGGGCUCCGCUUCAGUGCAAGGCAGAGAGGCAGUAAGUUGGGACUGACAGCCUGUUGACAAGCAUUUCUAGGAGAGAUAAUCAGUAAGGAAUAGCCUUGAAGAGACUACUAUGGCUCUUGCUGCUGUGCAUUUUUCACUGAAAAUCCCAAGUGCUGUGUCCCUGCGGGCUCCCCUGCGAAGAUGUCUCCGACUUUGUAGCCGAAGCUACACAGUUCAUGCCUCUUUCAGUUAUGAAGCCAUGCAACAACAGUACAGACCAGAGGUGCCAGAGUACUUCAACUUUGCAAGAGAUGUGCUGGACAGAUGGACUGAAGUGGAAAAGGAGGGAAAAAAGCCUAAAAACCCUGCGUUAUGGUGGGUAGAUGGUGCCGGAGGAGAGGUGCGGUGGAGCUUUGAGGAGCUGGGAGUGCUGUCCAGGAAAGUGGCAAAUGUACUCUCUGAUGCCUGCGGUCUGCAACGGCAAGACAGAGUUAUUCUGAUUCUGCCCCGGGUCCCGGAGUGGUGGCUGGUGAACGUGGCUUGUAUGAGAACAGGAACUGUCCUGAUUCCUGGCACACAGCAAUUGACAGCAAAGGACAUUCUUCAUCGACUACAGAAAUCCAAGGCAAAGUGUAUCAUCACUGAUGAUUCUGUGGCACCAGCUGUAGACUCGGUUGGGGCUGAAUGCCAGUCUCUGAAAUUCAAGUUGCUUGUGUCGGAGGGCCACAGAGAAGGGUGGCUGAGCUUUAAAGAUCUCCUGAAAAAUGCUUCUUCUGACCACCACUGUGUGACCACAAAGUGUCAAGAUCCGAUGGCCAUCUAUUUUACCAGUGGAACUACAGGUUCUCCAAAAAUGACUGAACAUUCCCACAGCAGCUAUGGUAUUGGCCUCACAGCAAGUGGAAGGUACUGGCUGGACUUGACUUCCUCAGACAUAUUUUGGAAUACAUCAGACACGGGCUGGGCAAAGUCAGCUUGGAGCAGCAUUUUUUCAUCAUGGAUUCAAGGGGCGUGUGUAUUUGUCCAUAAGAUGCCACACUUCGACCCAAGCAUUGUCUUUGAGACUCUGUCAAGAUUUCCCAUAACUGUUUUCUGUUCUCCUCCAACUGCCUAUCGAAUGUUUGUGCAACAUGAACUGUCCAGCUACACGUUCAGGAGCCUGCGGCACUGCGUGAGCGCUGGGGAGCCCAUCAACCCUGAGGUCAUGCAGGAAUGGAAAGCACAGACAGGGCUGGAUAUUCACGAAGGCUAUGGACAGACAGAAACAGUGCUGAUCUGUGGAAAUUUUAAGGGAAUGAAAAUCAAACCUGGCUCUAUGGGAAAGCCCUCUCCGGGGUAUGAUGUCAAGAUUAUAGAUGAAAACGGUAAUAUUCUGCCUCCAGGAAAAGAAGGAGAUAUUGCCAUCAGAGUAAAACCUACGAGAUCGCUUUUUCUUUUUACUUGCUAUGCUGAUGAUCCAGAGAAAACAGAGGCGACAAUACGUGGAGACUUUUAUGUCACUGGAGACAGGGGAAUUAUGGAUGAGGAAGGGUACUUCUGGUUUGUUGGAAGAGCUGAUGAUGUCAUUAAUUCUGCUGGGUACCGUAUCGGACCAUUUGAAGUAGAAAGUGCCCUCGUGGAGCAUCCUGCGGUGGUGGAAUCAGCAGUUGUCAGCAGCCCAGACCCCAUCAGGGGAGAGGUAGUGAAAGCCUUUGUUGUUUUAACACCUGACUACGCUUCACGUGAUCCGGACAAAGUGAUGAAAGAGCUACAGGACCAUGUUAAGAAAGUUACUGCUCCGUACAAGUAUCCUAGGAAGAUGGAGUUUGUUCAACAGUUGCCAAAAACUAUUAGUGGGAAGAUCAGAAGAAAUGAACUGCGCCAGAAGGAGUGGAGAAAGGAUUAAACGUACUUGUUGCUUUUUUAUGGGACUUUUUACAAAGUAAGAUUGCAGAUUUACACAGUAACACAGAGUAAAAGGUUUUCUACUAUGUUCUUCUUAGUUUAGGUUUGAAUGAAUUCGUAGCUGAUUCCUAGGUGCUACACUAAUAGUAC